AUGGACGCAGAGGGCAACCCUUCCCACAUUUUCUGUAGAUAUCCACUGAAGGUUGUGGUUGAGGGUGUGUAUGAUGUGAAACUGUACCCUGAGGAUGGUGAGACAACAACCAUCCUGAACAUCAAGAGGGGCAUCAUCUCUGCCCUGGCUGUGCCUCUGGUGGAAGAAGACAAGAACAAGAACAUGCCCACUAUCCACGGCAAGUGCAGGACCAUAUACACCAUCAAUGCAAGGGAGGACAUUGCAACUGACAUCAACCUGGACAGGGAUCUGUCCAGAUGUGACAAAUUUGUCCCGAUGAGAGAUCACACCAGCCCAUUGGCUCUUAUCUCUGGCAUGCACUACCCUCUUGCUCAGCUGGUCAGAAGCUCCCAGUCCUGCAACUACAAGUUUGACAAUGAGAAGAAACACAUGACCUCUGGGUCCUGCACUGAGAAGCACAUCCUCAUCCCCUUCUCACACAAGGGAGAAUAUGGAGUUACCAAUGUUGGAAAGCAAGAACUGACUCUGAUUCAGGUCUCUCCUCACAAUGACAGAGUCUUUGAUCGCAGUGACAUCGUCAAGGGUCUUCACAUGGAGGCCGUUGAGGACAAGAGUGUUGUCCAGGAUAAAGAUGCAGGUCUGAACCUCCUGAGAGAACUGGCCAACCUGCCCGAGACUGAGGGUGAGAGGAGGGCCCACCUCUUCCACAAGCUUGUCACCAUGGUCCGUGGAAUGAAGGCCGAGACCCUGAGUCCCGCCAUUCCUGAGGCUAUCGCUGUGUCCCGCGUCCUGACCUACCAGGUUCUGGCCCAGUGCGGAACCCCUGAAUGCAGCAGUGCCAUCAUGCAGAUCCUCAGGACCUUAGACAGCUCUUCACUCGAGGUUGAUGCCGCAGUUUUUGCUUUGGGACUCAUGUCCAAUCCCUCUGCCCUCCUGAUCAAUGACUUGCUGGAGAUGGCCAAAUACAAGUCCAGCAAGCCCAUCAUGUAUGCCCUGAGCAAUGUUGUCAAGAGGUUUUACAAAGCUGAAGGAAAACUGAUCCCUGAGAUUCAUUCUGUGGCUGAAUUCAUGGGUACUCAGUUGGGUGACUGCUCCGGUGACCAAGACAACACUUUCAUGACAUUGAGAGUUAUUGGAAACAUGGCUCCAGCUAUGGCAGCUGCUGGUCCUGCACUAAGAGCCGGUGUGAUCCAGUGUGUGAACCAACCUGCAGCUUCCCUGGCUGUGCAGCAGGCUGCUAUCCAGGUGUUCAGGCUGACUCCCGUCCCUGAGGAGGGCAGAGAGGUUCUCAUGCAGGUGCUUUUGGACAGCGCCAGUCCAAUGCAAAAGCGUAUUGCUGCAUAUCUGGUACUUAUGAAGGACCCCCAGCCAAGUGAACUGGCCCAGCUGGCUGCUGCCUUGCCCAGUGAGCAGGACAAACAAGUCAAGAGCUUUGUCAUCUCCCACAUUACCAACAUUUUGUCCUCAACUGCACCUGAGACUGAAGAACUGAGACAAAAGAUUCGUGAUGCCCUGCAGGGUAAUGAGAUCGGGCCAAUUAUGGACCCCUUCAAGUUCUCUCGAAACUACAAGGUCGGAUCUGUGGAGGGCAACAUGAUCUUCGAGGGUUCCAGCUAUCUGCCCAAGGAGGUCAUGCUUGAAAUGACUCUGAAGGCAUUUGGCUAUGACAUUGACAUGAUGGAGAUUGGUAUGGAGGGCAAAGGAUUUGAGCCAACUGUUGAUGCCCUGUUUGGAGAGAAUGGAUUCUUCCCUGACACUGCCCUGAAGACAAUGUACUUUGUCUCUGACAACAUGCCACUCAGAGUCAAUGAGUUCCUGCAGAACAUGCUGCCUGCUCUGAAGAAGGACAGGAUGAAGAGACAGGCCUCCCAGAACCUGAUGAGGGAGAUUGGACGCAACCUCAACAAACUGAUGAGGGAACUGAAGACCAACCAGUCUCCUGAGGCAAUGGUUUACCUGAGACUUCUGGGAAAUGAGCUGGGUUAUUUGAGGACCAAUGAAGUCACAGAGAUGGCCUACUCUGCUGCCAUGAUGAUUGACAGCAUGUUCAAGAUGUUCCCUAGUGAUCUAAUGAAGGCUUUGAUGACUAAGGCUGACAACACAGUCUUCGCCCAUUACAUCUUCAUGGACAAUGAAUUCUUCCUGCCUACUAUAACUGGUGUGCCUCUGAGGAUUGCACUGUCUGGUACUUUCACCCCUGGAAUCAAGGGUGGACUUAAGAUUGCUCGUGACAUGAGUGAAGUUGCCUUCAUGCCCUCCGCUGGCAUUGAGUUUGUAACUCAGGUUGGCUCCCACAUCCCUGAAUUUGUCAACUCUGGAUUAGAGAUGCACACCAACAUUUUCCAUGAGAGUGGGCUCAGUGCCAAGAUCUCCAUGGAACGUGACAAUGUCAAGCUGACCAUCCCUGCACCAUUGAGACCUACCAAGCUCAUCAAAAUGACAAACAGCCUGGUGGCAGUGACUGGAUCAGAGGUGAAGACCAUCCCCCCUGUGGUGAUGGACAAGGUUGAUGUUAGUGAGUGCACUCCUGUCUUCGCUGGAAUGAAAUACUGCACAGCUCUGCAGUACACUGAUGCUUUCUCUCAAGAGACAGCCCCAUACUUCCCCUUCACUGGAGACAGCAAAUUUGCUGUGGAGCUCCACCCUACUGGUGAGGUCACUGAGUACACAGCCACUGUUGCCUACGAGCUCCUCAGGGAGGGAGAAGAGGGUCGGCAGAAGGUUGACUCUGUUAAGUUCAUUCUCAGGGCUGAAGGUGCAGACCCCACUGAAGCCAGAGCAGUCAUGAAAUAUAACAGAAGGAAGAAUGUCAUCACAGCUGACAUCCAGAUUCCUGACUACGAUGUGGAGGCUGGACUCAGACUGGGUGUUGUCGAUGGAAACACCAAGGGCAAAGGAACUCACUCCAUCUCUCUGGACCUAAUAAACAAGAACAUCCCUCAGCUCUCUCUGGUUGGCCGUGCCAAUCUGAAGGCCAUGAAGGAAGGUAUGCUGCAAGUCCAGCUUCUUGUCCCCUCAAUCAAUGCUGAUGCCACCGUCACAGCUAACAUUAAGCGUGAUGAAGAAAUGGAAAUGCAGCUUAAGAGUGAAAUCAAGUUCAUGGAAGCCACCAGUGAGCAGAAGAUUGCAAUGAAAUAUGAUGCCAGCAAGAUUGAGGUUGAAUUCAAGUCUGAUGUGAAGACUGAGGCCAUCAUCAUGCCAAUUACUGAUAUUUACGAGAAGUAUGGCAACCAGCUUCUUGACACACAGGUGGGACAGACUGACAUGAAAGUCCGUCACAUCUUCAAGAAGUUUGUGGAGGCAGCAAACAACUACAUGGAAAGAUAUGGUGCUGAUAUCCCUUACCUUCAUAACUUCAGAGUACCUGAUAUGCCUGAGAUUUCCCUGCCAGAGACACUGUUCCUGAAUACUGAGGCAAAGGCUGUGUACCACUUCAACAAUGAGCGCUUCACCAUUGCUAUCCCUCUUCCUCUUGGAGGAAAGUCAACAGAGGAGCUUAACUUCCCACCAGCUUUGACCACACCUAGUGUAUCUCUACCCCAGUUUGGACUGGAAAUCAUCUCCAUGGAGAUUCCAAUCCCAGAUCUUGUUGUCCCUGAGAGCCUUACACUCUCUAUUCCUCUUUUUGGCAAAGCUGAGGUUUCAACUCUGAUGAAGAGCAACCUGUAUGACAUGGAGGCCUCAAUGGCUGCCGGCAAAGAUGUUGUGGAAACACCAAGUUACUCAGCUAUGUUUGCUGUAAAAGGAACCUCCCCAUUUGACAUCCUCUCAAUGCAGAUUGAAGGCUCUGGAAUAUUGGCUGUCACCGAUUCCAUUAAGGCCCAGUUGAAAAGUUCUUUGGCCCAUAAAUUCAUUGAAGCCAGUGUUAGUAUAAUCGAGGAUGCAACUGUCACUGACAAAAUGAAUUUGAGAUCAAGCAGUAAGAUUGAAGCCACAAGUCCAUUUGGUCUCAAUUUUGCACUGGAGCACACAGGUAUGGCUGGAAUCAACACUGAAGAAAUCUCUGCUGAUAGCAACUUUGAGGGAAUGUUCAAGGCAGGACCCAUGUACGGCAAGACCAUUUCAACCCAGUCAUUUACUAUCUUCCCAUUGAGGCCAGAAGCAAAGAUUGAUUCUUCUGUUCAGUUUGACUCCACAAUUGUUAGGUCCCAGAACACAAUUGCAGCAUCCCUUGCCAAUGGUGAAUUCUCAGUUGUGUCUAACACCAAUGCCUUUGAAGACAUCUUGACCCAUGUUGCUGAGCUUUCCUUCAAAGACAGCAAGUUGUCACUGAAAUGUGAUGCUAAUGCCCUUGCUCUUGGCAUGAAGAUUCGCAACCAGGCUGAAGCAUCUGCUAGUGCCGGUGAAGUUGUCAUGAGGAUUGAGACAAAUGCAGACCACUCUGAAAACCGUGUUUACUCUCUGCUGACUGCCUCUCUUGAUGUCAAUGGUCUGGCUGUAAACAGCGAUGCCACUGUGAAGCUUCUUGAGAAUGAGGCUACUCACAAGGCUACUCUGAGGAUGAACAAGGAUGGUUUGACCACAAGUGGAACAACCACCGUGCAGAGCCCCCUGUCCCUGGAAAACACCUUUGAUGCUGGGCUUGAUGCUUCAAGAGCUACUUUAUCCAUUACCAACAAGGCUGCAAUGCGUGACAUCAAGGUUGAUAAUGCCAACACUUUAAUAAUUACUCUUUCUAGCCUAGAUUUCAACUCAAAGGCUGAAGCCACAGCAAGUGAGUAUGCCUCUUACACUCAUGAUAUCACCAUCGACCUGAAACCUUACACUGCUUCUGCAAAUGCUAAUAACAACCUGAAACUUCUGGCUGCCAACUUCAUUAACGAGGCUCAGCUGCAGGCAGAGCUUUACAAGAUAGACAUGACUGGAAGCCUGAAAGCCAUUUAUGGUGGGGAAGAGAUCACGCACACCUAUCAGGUAAAUUACGCUGAUAUGACUGCUAACGCUAAGUGCAGCACCACUGGAAAAUUCUUUGGAACUCACAUGAACCAAAACACUGAGCUUGAAGUUAUCGGCCUUGCUGCCAGGAUCACCAACGACGCCCGUUUCAACUCACAGCCAAUACGCUUUGAUCACACCAUCCGCUGCAGCAUUGUUCCUUUUGAUUUCAACCUUGAUGCCAUCUUCAAUGCUGAUGGAGACAUCACCAUGUAUGGAAAGCACAGUGCCCAGCUCUAUGGCAAGUUCCUCCUUCGAACACAACCCCUGGCUUUUGCUAGCUCACAUGAAUGCAGAGCAUCUGUAACCCAGCAGCUAGAUAAUGGUUUUGCCCUUCAGACUAUUAUUGAUAACAACAUGGAUACUGUUCUGUCACUCCAAGAGCAGAGGACCAAUUUUAGAAUAAGGUCUAAACUGAAGUCUGAACUGAAUGAGCAUAUCUUCAGUCAGGAUGUGAGUGUUUACAAUACCGCUGAGAGAACUGGACUUGAGGUUUCUGGCACCAUCCUCACAAAUAUCCUCAACACAGUCUCCACAGACAACCAGGAAUUCACCAUCUCUGGCUUCCUCAAGUAUGACAAGAACACAGACAGUCAUAUAAUUCAGAUCCCUCUAUUUGAAAAUCUGCCCGUCCUCUUGGAAAGCAUCAAGGGCUUUGUUGUGCGUAUUGCAGAGGUGCUACAAGACUACAUCAACAACGAGCAGAUAAGGGCUAAACUUGAGACUCUUCCCCAGCAUGUAAGUGACUUUGUUUCUCAACUCAAUAUAGAGGGCAAGGUAAAUCAACUGAAGCAGUAUUUCAGUGAUUUUACCCAAGAAUAUGCCAUCUCCAUGGAGGAUGUAGAGACCUCUUUGAGAAACCUGAAGGUUAAUGUUGAAAAACUGCUAGCUGAUGUCAGUGCUUACAUCCAAAACUUUGCCCUUAUGAUGAAGGAGAUUAUUGUUAGUGGCACCUUCCCUGAAACCAUCAUUCAGAAUAUCCAGCAACAGCUAAAUGCUUUUAACGAAGAAUAUGACAUCAAGUCUAUGAUUGUGUAUAUGAUUGAUACCAUUAGAGAGAUGGUCGAGCAGAUUGACUUUGAAAAACUGAAGGGCAGCAGCAUUGCAUUCCUGCAAGAUAUUGAUGCCAAGUAUGAAAUCAAGGCCAAAAUACAGACAGUCAUGGGAUAUAUGAAACAAAUAAUUGAAACCUUUGACAUGCAGCAAUUUGUUGGUGAGCUGAAGAGAUUCAUUUCAUCUAUCAACUUCAAACCUCUCAUUGACACAGUUGUUAGUAGGAUUCCCACAAAGAUUCUCAAUGAGGCAACAGAUUAUAUUAGGAAUAUGAUUCAGGACCUUGACAUCCUGGGUAAGAUCAAUACAUUCUAUGCCAAGAUGAGGGAGUUGAUUGUAAAGUUUGAGGCUGACAAAAAGGUUCAGGCUGUCUUGGAAAAAGCUGUGGAGCUCAUCAAACAGUUCAAAAUUGAGGAAACCAUUACAGCUGUAUUCAACAUGGUGAAGGAUGCAGACAUACCUACCAAAUUCAUGCAGGUCUUCCAGGGCAUUAUCAACUACUUGAAAUCAACUGAGGUCAAGGAUAUAAUUCAACAGCUGAAUAUGUACAUUGAAACUAUUGUACAAAAGCUGAACUCAAUGGAUUACAAUGACUUUGUGGAUUAUGCCAAUCAAAUUUUUGCUGAGUACACAGCUUACCUGAAUGAGCUGAUCAGGACUCUUGAAAUCUCCGAGAAACUAGAGGCAACAAGAGAUUUCGUCAAUGUUGUCUCAUCAUCUGUUAGAAGUCUCAUAGAACGCCUGAGAGAAAUCAAGAUUGCAGAAAUAAUUAAAUCUGUGAAGGAUGUCAUUGAUGAAGUUGUGCUGGAUAACCUUAAGACGUUUGCUGAACUUGCAAAACAAAAAGUUACUAAACUGGAUGUCAAAGAUGAGAUUACCUCUUAUCUGCGCUUCGUGAGCAUGUGCUACAGGAGAGUAACAACCAUCAUGACUGAUAUGUUCUCCAGUAUGGUUAGGAUGAUUAAGGACUUUCUACCUGAGCAAAAAAUCAUCAAUGAGAUUCAGCAGAUUAUUGAUGGUCUAAUUACAGAACUGAAGAAAGCUGAGUUGAUCAUGCCAUCCUUCACCAUCCCUCUCACUGAUCUUGUUGUACCGUCCAUGACAUUCCGCAUGGAUAAGCUUGGACAGUUUGAAAUCCCAACACAGCUGGACAUCCCUGAGUUCACUGUUUUUGGGCUCCAUACUGUGCAAGCAACUAUCAUCUCAACUAGUGGCAUUAAACAGAGAAUCAUUGACUUGAUUGAUUUCAUUCUCAACUUUGAGUUGAAUAUGUUUGAUAUGGGCUCCUUGUUUGGAGGCCUGACUAUGGACUAUUUUCCUGUCCUGCCUGAAUUUUCACUUCCUGCAAUUACUGUACCUGAGUUCUCCUUCCCCACUCUGCCUCGCAUUCCAGAAGAGAAACUUGUUAAGACUCUCCAACUCCCACCAUUUGAGCUGUCAGUCAUUCCUAGUGAGAUGACAGUUCCAGGCUUUGGUAAAUUGAGUUAUGAGAUAAAAGUCAACACCCCCAUUUACUUUAUGAGGAAUGCUGCUGAAGUCCAAACCUCUGUUGACGUAGAUGAGACUCCUCAGUUGACAGCUUUUCUGACUUCUCAAGGCACAUCAAUCAGCUUUAAAAUCCUUAACUUCAACCUAGAUUCCACUGCUCACGUUGCUCUUCCCAAGGGCCAUCGUCUGAUUGCAGCUGAGACCAUUAAGUUCACUCAUGAUUUUCUCUCAGUGGACCAUCACGCAUCUGUGACUUUUUCUGACUUCUCUGCCCAGGCCUCAGGCAAGACCACAUUAAAAGUUGCCACAGCACCUUAUAAUGCUGAGCUUUUAAAUGAAGUUUUCUUGGCUACCAUGAGUGGUUUAUCUGCCACUAUUGACACUUCCUAUAAACAUGUGGUCAACCUCCCCAUUGUGGACCUCGCUGGUGAGACAUCGGUGACACAAAAAUGUGUGGCCCGUCAGGAAGGCACAUCUAUUACAAUAACUAUUGGAAACCAGGGUAAUACAACCUUCAACUCUCAUGACAGUACGCAUAAGAGUGAACUGCAAGUCACAGUUAAUCCAAGUACAUUCAAGUUGAAAUUCAACAGUGACACUGAUACAUUCCUUCUGAAGAUGAGACAGACCCUGAGUGCUGACUUUGUCAUCUUUAACUAUUUCAAGUUUGAUGUUCGUUCUGAAGCCGAAGGCCCCAUUGUUAAAAACAGCCUUUUUGUGGGAUCAGUAAAUGCCAAUCUGCAUGACAUGAAUCUUGAGCUGAAGGCAACACACAACACAGAUCUAAUUGGUAUUGUCAAUGGAGCCUUAAACAAUGUGAUUGAUGUUGUUGUCCAUCCCAGAGAGGUUGUGUUCAGCUUUCAGAAUAAAGGAAACACCAGGGUCAAUUUCAAUGAUGCUCUUACUGCCAAAAUUGAUCUACAGAAUGAUUACUCUGCAACCUUCAGGUCUGACAAACAACAUAUCAACACUGUGGCUCUGGCCCGUUUUAAUCAGCACAAGCUGUUCUGGAGAUUCACUGUAGACAACAAUGAGAGGGAGGCUGCCAUUCUUACAGCCAUAGAAGGGGAGGCAGACCUUGAUUUCCUGACUAGGCCCAUCAGCAUUCCUGAGAUUGAGAUUCCAUUUGUUGACUUCCAUACCCCAGCCAUUAGUGAUCUUGACUUGUAUGACCAAACUGGGCUGAAAAACAUUUUGACUACCACUGAGCAGACUGUUAAUGUGGAUGCCAAGUUGGUUUAUCAAAAAAGCCAAGCAUCCCCCUUUGUUGAUGUGAUGGGUCUGAUCCAGAUUCCCUCUGUGGGUAACCUGAUCACAGAAUGUCCUUUCAAGUCUGCCAUCAUCAAUCUGAAUGUCAAUGCUGGACUGUAUGCUGAAGAUGAUCUAGUGUUCCGGCUGGGAGCUACCACAGCCUCUGUGUUUGAGGGUCUAAAAGCCAAACUUGAUGGUACCACCAGUCUGACCAAAAGAGGAAUCAAGUUGGCUAAUUCCUUGUCCCUCGAAAAUCAUCACAUUGAAGGCACUCAUGACAGCACCAUCAGUAUGAAUACUGAGACAUUUGAACCUGCAGUUGCUGUGGCUACUAUUGCAAAGAUUGUCUUGCCUAUACUCAGUCUGCAAGCAAACCAAAAUCUGGUUGCAGACACCAAAACCAAAGCAAGUGCUGUUUCCACCAUGAGGAUGAAGGGUGACUUCAACAUCCCUGUGAUCAAGGCUGUUGGAAAGGCCGAGGCUGACCACAGUCUGAAGCUGGAAGGAACCUUUGAGGAUAUUUCCAUGGAGUCAUCCACCAGAGCAAAUAUGGACGGCACAGUGCUUGAUGACUAUCUAGUUUUGGGAGUCACUGAUAAUGAGGUUAAUCUGUAUCUGAACAAUGAUGGUCUACGCUCCACCUCCAAGAUUAUUGCUGAUGCCAAGCUUAACUGUGGCACCAACAAAGUCAUUGGCAUGGAUGUAAAUGAAAAUCUUGCAUUUGAAGUCUCCCUGAGCCGUGUCUAUGCAGUGCUUAAGUAUACUGGCAACAACGAGGCAAAUGUGUUCAAUUUCAACACCAAUGGGAAACACAUUGCCCAGGCAACCAUUGACUUUGCACCAAUGUCUUCCUUGGCUGCUGAUAUUGAGAUUGGUAUCUCUCAGCCGAGCAGCCUGGGUGAACUCACCAUCUUUGAGAAAACUGUUGCUGAAGUGACACCUGCCAAGCAGAAAAUCUCUACCAACACCAAGUUUUUGAGCCCACUGUACACCACAAACCUGGCAGCAGAAGUCGAGGGCAAUGCUCCUACGUUCAAAGUCACCUUUAAGUCCUCUGCCACCUCUGUGAUUGUCCUCUUGGAAUAUGACCUAGACUCUUCCAUUACCAUAAACUUUGAACAAGGUGGUCUAAGCCUGACUGGGAAGGGUGUUUUCACCCAUACUGAUCUGACUGUGGAUAUUCAACAUAUUCUUUCCCAUACGUUGAGUGACUUCCGUCUCACACUAAAUGUGGACAUAACCAGCCCUGCCUUCACUGAUGUGAACUUGCGUCAUGUUGUCCACAAAGAUGGAAUCAGUGCUACAAUUUCGAUUCCAUCGACUGGCUUCCUGGGUCUUCAGCUCCAUGGCAGGGUCCCAUCGCAGAUGAAUGCCAGGCUUUAUGGUCGCUAUGCUUCUGAUCCUGGGAAGGAUGUUGAUAUUUUUACCAUCAGAGCUUCUGUCAAGGAUACUCAAAAAAUGAAUCUUAAGAUGUCCAUCAACAUGGAUGCUCCAGACAUCAUGCUCAGUGGACUGAAGGAAAAACUUCCAGCCAUCACCUCUUGUUUGUCUAACUUUGCUGAGAAAUACCAACUGUUCAGAUAUGCUGCUCAGCUGAAGAAUAUUAUUAUUUAUUAUAUCGAGGAGGCCCACAACAUUGCAAACAACCAUGCCCCACAUAUGAGCCAGGUGUCUAUCCUCUUUAGGAACACUGUUGUUCAGUACCAGAGGACUGUUCAAGUGUUCUUGGAUGCAGCCAUUAAGGUCCUGAGAGAGACCCAAGUCAAACUGCCUGGCUCUGAUGAGACGACCACUCUCAUUGAGGUGCUCAAUAAGCUGACCACCAGCAUCACCACUAUGCUAGAGAAGGCAAUGAAUAUGUGGAAGCAUCCUAUCUACCUGAUUUGUACCAAGUCCAGUGGUUAUGACACCUACUUACAUCACUGA